CCGCCGCCCUGCCGCUGCCGAGCGCCCGCCGGCUCCGCUCUCGGACAGCACCGGGCCGGGCCCUGCCGCCCCGCCAGCGCUGCGGCUGAGCGGAACGGCCGCCCCGCACUCCCCUCACGCCGGCUCGGCUCGGCGCGACGGAGGCGCCAGAGUCAAGUUGCUUUUGGAAAGUGUGAAGAUAAUCCAUUUCAGUUGUGUGGAGGAUCAGACAGUCACAUAAAUGCAGUAUCUAAAUGUAAAGGAAGAUUGCAAGGCCAUGGCUUUCUGUGCAAAAAUGAGGAGCACAAAGAAGAGUGAAGUAAACCUGGAAGCUCAGCAUCAGGGUUUAGAAAUACUUCUAUACGUGCAAGAUAAAAAUCCCAUUUGUUACACCAGUGGCGAGUUUACCUCGGAGGAGCUGUGCAUUAUAGCUGCCAAGAGGUGUUCUAUAUCUCCUCUGUGCCAUAAUCUCUUUGCCCUGUAUGAUGAAAACAAAAGACUCUGGUAUGCACCAAACCAGGUCUUCAAGAUAGAUGAAAAAACAUCACACCAGCUCCAUUAUCGAAUGAGGUACUACUUUACAAACUGGCAUGGGACUAGUGAAAAUGAACCCUCAGUGUGGAGGCAUUCCCCAAGGAAAGCAAAGAACUCUUAUGAGAAGAAGCCGGCACCAGAAGGAACUCCUAUACUUGAUGCAAACUCAUUAGAAUACAUCUUUGCACAGGGUCAGUAUGACCUAGUGAAAGGCCUGGCACCAAUCCGUGAUCCUAAAAAUGAUCAAGAGGUUCAUGAAAUUGAAAAUGAAUGUCUGGGGAUGGCUGUCCUUGCAAUCUCUCACUAUGCCAUCAAGAAAAAACUGAAGCUUCCUGAGCUUCCCAAAGAUAUCAGCUACAAGCAUUAUAUUCCUGAAACUUUGAACAAGACUAUCAGACAGAGGAAUUUUUUAACCAGGAUUCGGAUAAAUAAUGUUUUCAAGCAUUUCCUUAAAGAGUUUAACAACAAAACCAUUUGUGACAGCGUAUCUCCACGUGAUCUGAAAGUUAAAUACUUAUCAACAAUGGAGACCUUGACUAAACAUUAUGGAGCAGAAAUUUUUGAGACUUCAUCUUUGCAGAUUUCAUCUGAGAAUGAAAUAAAUAGAUGUAAUUGUGGAGACAAUGAGAUCCUCCCACGAUACGAAGUCAUCGUAACAGGAAACAAUGGGAUUCAGUGGAGGCUUAAGCCAAAUUCUGUACAGAUGGAGAAAGAGAAGAAGAAAAAAUCUGAUGGCAAGACCAAAAAGGAGGAAGAAAAACACAAAAUUCAAGACUCAUGGAACAAUUUUUCCUAUUUUCCUGAAAUCACCCACAUUGUCAUCAAGGAAGAGUCUACAGUUAGCAUUAACAAGCAGGAUAACAAAAGGAUGGAAUUAAAACUGUCUUCACAUGAUGAGGCCCUGUCGUUUGCAUCGUUGAUAGAUGGAUACUUCAGACUUACAGCAGAUGCCCACCAUUACCUCUGCACAGAUGUGGCUCCCCCACUGAUUGAGCACAACAUAAAAAAUGGAUGCCAUGGACCUAUUUGCACGGAAUAUGCCAUCAACAAACUGCGACAGGAAGGGAACGAAGCAGGAAUGUAUGUGUUGAGAUGGAGCUGCACGAACUUUAACCACAUUCUUAUGACAGUGACUUGUGUUGAAGGCUCAGAGCAGAUGAUAAAUAAUUCAGUCCAGUACAAGAACUUCCAGAUUGAAGUGAAGAAAGAUGGGUACUCCCUGCAUGGCUCAAACAAGUCCUUCUCAUCCUUAAAAGAGCUGAUGGAUAACCUGAAAGGACAAAUACUUCGGACAGACAACAUAAGCUUUACCCUGAAGAGGUGCUGCCAGCCAAAACCGAGAGAAAUCUCCAACUUGCUAGUUGCAACCAAGAAGGCACAGGAAUGGCAGCCUGUUUAUCACCUAGGGCAGCUGAGUUUCCAUCGAAUCCUCAAGGAAGAAAUCAUGCAGGGCGAACAUCUUGGAAGAGGGACGAGAACACAGAUUUACUCAGGGAUUCUCAACUACAAAGAUGAUGAGAAUGAAGGAUAUCAAAAUGAAAAAGAGAUUAAAGUCCUCCUCAAAGUCUUGGACCCCAGCCACAGAGACAUUUCUUUGGCAUUCUUUGAAACAGCAAGCAUGAUGAGGCAGGUGUCUCACAAGCACAUCGUCCUCCUCCAUGGAGUCUGCGUCCGUGACGUUGAAAAUAUCAUGGUUGAAGAGUUCGUUGAAUUUGGGCCUCUGGACCUGUUUAUGCAUCGGAAGAGCGAAGUUCUGACAACUCCUUGGAAAUUCAAAGUUGCCAAGCAACUUGCAAGUGCGCUGAGCUACUUGGAGGAUAAGGAUUUGGUACACGGCAAUGUGUGUACUAAAAACAUCCUACUGGCAAGAGAGGGAAUUGACACCGAGUACGGGCCUUUCAUAAAGCUGAGCGACCCAGGAAUACCAAUAACUGUGCUGUCCAGACAAGAAUGUGUUGAACGAAUCCCCUGGAUUGCACCUGAAUGUGUCGAAGACUCCAAAAAUUUAAGCGUUGCAGCAGAUAAGUGGAGUUUUGGUACCACACUGUGGGAAAUCUGCUAUAAUGGUGAAAUACCACUGAAGGACAAGACAUUAGCAGAGAAGGAGAGGUUCUACGGGGGCCAUUUCGUGUUGGCGACACCAUCAUGCAAGGAGCUAGCUGACCUGAUGAAACAGUGCAUGAACUACGACCCCCACCAGAGACCCUUCUUCAGGGCAAUCAUGAGAGACAUCAACAAGCUGGAGGAACAGAAUCCCGAUAUUGUCUCGGAGAAGAAGCCCUUUACAGAGGUCGAUCCCACUCUCUUUGAGAAACGCUUCUUGAAAAGAAUCCGUGAUUUGGGAGAGGGUCACUUUGGCAAGGUUGAACUCUGCAGAUACGACCCAGAAGGUGACAAUACAGGGGAGCAGGUGGCAGUUAAAUCUCUAAAGCCAGAGAGUGGAGGGAAUCACAUCGCUGAUCUGAAGAAGGAAAUAGAAAUCUUGAGGAAUCUUUAUCAUGAGAACAUUGUGAAAUAUAAGGGAAUUUGCACAGAAGAUGGAGGAAGCGGGAUUAAACUCAUCAUGGAAUUUCUUCCUUCUGGGAGCCUGAAGGAGUAUCUCCCGCGGAACAAGAACAAAAUCAAUCUCAAGCAGCUUCUCAGAUACGCGGUUCAGAUCUGUAAGGGAAUGGACUAUCUGGGCUCCCGCCAGUACGUGCACCGGGACUUGGCAGCAAGAAACGUCCUUGUUGAAAGUGAGAACAGAGUGAAGAUUGGAGACUUCGGUCUCACCAAAGCAAUCGAGACUGACAAGGAGUACUACACGGUCAAAGACGACCUCGACAGCCCUGUUUUCUGGUACGCUCCGGAAUGCCUGCUCCAGAGUAAAUUCUACAUUGCCUCGGAUGUCUGGUCAUUCGGGGUGACACUGUACGAACUGCUUACCUACUGUGAUUCCGAGUCCAGUCCUAUGGCAGAGUUCCUGAAAAUGAUCGGCCCCACGCAGGGACAGAUGACGGUAGCACGGCUGGUGCGUGUCCUGCAAGAAGAAAAGCGUUUGCCACGUCCGCCCAACUGCCCGGAGGAGGUGGACCAGCUGAUGAGGAAGUGCUGGAUAUUCAAGCAUGAUGAACGGACAACCUUUCACAAUCUGAUCCAAGGAUUUGAAACAAUUAUGAGUAAAAUUUAAUUAGUUUUUUUUUUUUAAAUACGGUCAGUACUUUAAAUAUGUGUCAAAAUAUAAAGGCCUAAGACCUUUCAUUUUAUUUUUUUUAACUACUGUAAUUUGUACUCUGACUGUGCUAAUGUGUUUAAAGGAUUCUUUUUCCAACAGUUUUCCUUUUUAAUUUUAGUCAACAGUUGGAUCAAAUUAAUUAAAAGGUAUGGCAGAAACAAUAGCUUCAACUCAUUUUGCUGCUGUUAUUGCAAGGCAGUUUUCUCUUUAUCUGAUUCUGGUCUCACCACAGCUGGAACUACCCUGCCGAACACGAACCGAAAGGGUGGUGUCAGAAAGCGCUGCAGGUGCCAGUGCAAAGCUGGGGCACUUAACAUGUCUGCUGGGCACGCUUAUUCCCUGAAGAACUAAACUAGUGGACAUUAGAGGACUGGAGGUGGUAAUUCAGUUUGGGGAAGUUUUAGAAAAAGGUUUGGCUGACAACUGUCUUUCAUGUGCACUUAAACUGCAGUAGCGAAAACCCACCUCUGGCAUAAAAAUCCAGAGAAGACAAAAUAACGAGCUCAUCUCAAAGUGCUCUGCAGUUCUGAGCUCUUAGGUAUGUUUCUAAAGAAACUGCGUAACUGUUGUGUUCAAAAACUGAACCAAACGAGAAGCAUGAUCAGUGUGUAUAGUUAUGCACUGAAUUGAGAACCCCACUUUUGGAUAAAUAUAUUUGCUUUUCCUAACUCAGCCCCCUGCCCCUUUCUACCUGCUGAGGCUUCUGCCCUCUGUGUCGCUGUUAACUGUGCGUAGGAGAUCAAUUACACACUUCGGGGAUAGAAAAGAAAAUGAAUUCCUGUACAGAACCCGGGGGAGCACUCCCCUAACAAAGAAUAAUUCUCUAAAAGAGAGGACUGAGCAACCAGGGCAGCAUUACUAGGUGAGCAGAUACCUCCAACACACCAAACAGUCUUUUUGUUACCUGCGGUGCCAUCCAAGGGGUGCGUGAUGCACUUUUUUUUUAUUAUUAUUUUUCUAUGAUCAUUACACCGAGGAUUUAUUUGGCCAGCAGGUUGAAUAAUUUUAGUAAAGCUGUUUAUUUGGCCUGACGAAUCUUUAACACAGCCCUGGCCUUCAUUUCAUUUGACAUACAGGCUCGAACCAUACACUUGUGCAGUAUUGAGUUAACCAAAGGUCAGCAGCGGGACCAACUGGGACCAUGCACGGGCUGUAAGGCGGCCCAGUGAGGGCACUGGGCACAGGUGGUGUAAACCUGCCAGGCUUCCAUAAACAGCAGCUUAACUGGAACCUUCUGCUGACCCCUGUCCUAGGACUUUCCCACCACACCUGGAUUUUGAAAAUGCUUUGAGGAGAUACUCAGUUCUUACAACAGAAAGAUGUCUUGAGAUAUAUGUAUCUAUAUAUAUAUAUAAAAUUGUAAUUAUGAGCUGCAACAAGGUCAGAUUUAUUUUUACAGUAUUACUUGUUUUUUCUGUAUGUCACUUAUGAACCUGAUUUAAAUCUGUAAGCACUUUGUUACUCUUUAUACAAACAAAUCUAAUAAAUUUUUUUUCUCCA